AUGACGACUAACGACAUACGCAAUCGGAAGCUUAGGGCUAAGCUUGCAUUUGACUAUGAGGAUAUGCCCAUGCCAUCUCUUCCGACCAUGAUGGAUCUUUACCUACAAAGCCUCGAAUCUCCCGCAACUCCGCCUCCUCGGGUCUACCCAGCCAAUUUUGCACCCGCAGACCCAAAGACUCACGAGCCGGCCAUACCCAAGGACUUCGAUAUCGCUAGCCUCACGUACACCGAUUACAAGGCGCUCAACCUCAGCUUUGUCCAGGAGCACGAGGUCAUCGGCCGCAUCCGCGAAGAAGUCCCGCUUAUCGAUCGAGAUCAAGUCGACAGCAUUAUCCUCGCAGACGCAGGGAAGCAGCUCAAAAACGGGGUUUUCACCUUGUGUAGAAUGAUGCACAUCGAUCCGAAGGCGGUGAAACUCAUGAUAGACCAGCAGUUUAGGGAGUUCUAUGGACCGGAGGUCUCUCGAGAGGUCUCGGCAGCGCUCACACCUGUUGCUGAGGUUCGUCAGACUGUUGUGGAUGAGGCGGACAAAAAUCACGCCGGCGAAGGAAAUAACGCUUCCGGCAGUAACACUCCCCACAAGACCGCAUCUACCCCAAGUUCACCGUCCGGUGUCGAGCUCACACCAGCUCCCGAGCCCGCCAACAAGAGAAUGAAACUCGGACCUCAGGAGAUAGCUAUCGAGCAAGUCAGAGAAGAUGAGCUUGACUUGAAGGAAGCGACGCCAGAAGUUUUUGCUGCACCUACUCACGACGUGCACGAGGCCACAAGCAUGAGGAACAGCAUGUCCGUCGCCAGGGAUAGUAUGCGCAACUCCAUUGCCGCCAGCGAUCGUUCCGAGACAGUCCCAGCCACCCCUAUGCCCGGAGCAGCAAAGAAGAGGGGCAAGCGAGCCCCGCCAACUCAAGCACUAAAGGAGAUGAGGGCAUACAAGGGACUGUUUGAGACCCCAAGGUCGGUUCCGGCCAUAUUGGGCAUGGUACCUGAUACGCUUCGCGGUCGCAUGCACAUGAGCAGCAUCGUAACGCGCUAA